CCCUCUGAUAAAUUAUAUACGUGUGUAUGUAGCAAAACAAAAAGCCCAAAUUCCUAAAUUCCCAAAUUCCGAACGCAAUAACCCCUCUUCUUCUCCUUUUGGGAUAUAAAUUCACUCUCUUCCUCUUAUCAAUCGAUCAGACCAGAAAUCCCUCACACACAAAGAGGGAGACAACAAACCCUUUUGCUGGUUUCUUCUUCUUCUGGUAUCAUCAGAAGAUUCUCAGAGCCUUAGCCAUGGGGAAGAAGAGAAAGUCCAUAGCCACCAGCCUCGACGAGGUGGAUCGAAGCAUGUACACCUCCUUCUGCAGCGCCGCUAAUUCUCUCUCUCAGCUCUACACUCAGGCCAUGAACCACCAAAAGCUCUCCUUUCAAGCCGGUGAACGCCACGCCCUCGAUAAAAUUUAUCAGUGGAUCAGUAGACAACAAGAAGGAGGCUCAAGAGUUACAACAAUGGAUAUAGUCAGUUAUCUUCAGAAUGAGUUGGACUAUUGUGGAGAGGAGCAGCCGUCAAUGUCCCCCAGGGUGCCACUUCAACAUCAGCAUCUUCAGCCCACUGUGCAUUUCACAAACUCAGGUUUCCCAGUUUCUUCUGGCUCAUCUGGCCCAACAAAUACUGGGCAGGGAAUUCGUUCUGAGCAAUGUGAUCACCAAUCUAAAAAUUCAGUCUUCUCAAAUGCUUUGUCAAGCCCUGUUCGCCAGAGUCUUCAGCACUAUCACAUUUCUCAAGAUGGAUAUUACCCAGGUGCAGGUCUGCCAUCUGGAAAUGGAGCCCGAAACAAUGAACCUAGCUUUCUCCACCCGAACCGGGAUGCUAAUCCUCCAAGUUCCAAUGACACCUCGAUGGACAUGCAUGCAGAUAGUCCUGGUCAUGAUUCUACCUACUAAAAGUUCUUGGACGGAUGGCUGAUCCAAGGAUUCUUUGCCAUAGGACGGUUGAAAAGUCUUGGAAGAACCAUGACAAUACAAAGGUUCUCUUUCAUGCAAUUCCAUAAGUGAAGAAGGCACAACCUAGAAGCGGUAAUGCAAUCAAUUCAAUUUACUUUGGCUGUCUUAUUUGAGAAAAGCUUGGUCUUUUUCUUCUGUAACCAUCUUUUUGGUACCUAUCCUUCUGUUUCAUUUUGUUUUACCAAAAAACCUGUGUUUCUAUUAGGAAUUGCUUCUAAUGUUGAAAGACAAUCUCUGUAAAUGUAUUGAUUCUGCUUUUAUAUUAUAAAGAUUUCAGUCAUUAAAAUCAA